UGAGAGAUUCACUCACUAAAGCAUACUAUAUGAGGUGCCUGAAAAUCACUUGCGAUGGACUAAUUAUAUCCGACAGUUCUGCACUACCUCCAUUCGUGCCUGCAGGACAGCUUCAAUCACAUGAUGUGGAACGACUCUGUUGCUGUGGAUCACUGCCCUGAGCAACAAUCUCUUCUAGAAUUGCACAUAGGAGGUCGCAAGAAGGGGAGUCUGCAGCGGUGUCUUGUGUGUGGCUACACCACAAUUUUCAAGUCGAGCAUGCAGAAUCACCAACGAAAACACACAGGCGAGCGCCCGCAUCAGUGUGACUACUGCAGCAAGGCCUUCACACGGAAAAACAACCUCAUUGGGCACCUACGCAUGCAUACCGGCGAGAGACCUUUCCCUUGCCACCUCUGCCCCAGUGCCUUCACGCAGAAGAGAAUCCUUGAGGCCCAUAUUCGAACACACACGGGCGAGAAGCCGUUUAAGUGUCGAUUCUGCCCGAUGGUGUUCACACAUAAAUGGCAGAUGAAGAAGCACGAAGACACGCACCCACUGUGUUCAUGCACCAUGAGAUGGCAGCACAGUGCUCAUCAGCAUGUAGACAACUCCUCUGCCACUCAAACAGUACAGCAUUUAUCACCCACAGAAGUUAGCAGAAGUGACCUGUGCCCCUCCGAAAACGUGGACGUCGAGCAGCGCACUUGCAGCUACUGCAACAAGUCCUUCACAAGGCGUAGCAACCUGACUGUUCACCUCCGCAUUCACACCGGCGAGAGACCAUUUCACUGCCACCUAUGCCCUCGGGCCUUCACGCAGAAAGUUACCCUCAAGUAUCAUAUGCGGACGCAUACUGGGAAGAGACCGAUCCAGUGAUGCUUUUGUGGCAUGUCCUUCGUGUGCAAGUUGUCACGGAGGUACCAUGAGCAUUGCAUGCAUUCAAAAGGGACUGCAGCUCUCUGAAGGGCUUGCCACAUAGUACUGGUGAAAAUCGCUGGUGGUGAGCAUUGCAGAAGACCUUUGCAAGAGAGAUGUUUUUGCUUGUCUUCAGUCACUAUGAGAUUGUCAGGCUUUGCAAUAUGGCAGUGCUUGCAUAUACACAUAAAGGGACGCUGAAGUGGAACAAGUAAAGCUACUUCAGCAACUUUCCAGAGGCCUGGAGAGGAUGGCCCCAGCUAGUCAUGUAGGGAGCUUGAAUAUUGUGGCAAGCCAGUUUGGUUUACAGAUAGCACAGUGAGAAACUGUGACGUAAUCCUAUCUGCUUAAUUAUGCAGUGAUUUUGCAGCUGCAGAACAGAGUAUUGUGAAAUAUAUAUGCGUGACAGUGGGCACAACCGACAGUGCGUUUUGAUGACUGAUAUUGUUACGGAGGUAUUUGCAAACGACGAUUGUGUGCUGAAAGUGGUGAAGAAGUAGUGGAAGACCAUUCAUUAGCUGGAGCUGUCAGCGUAUAACCUUCUUGUCUACCUUUACGUGCGAAUAGCUUAUAUGACAGGUGUUUCCAUGAGGACUUUUAGUAAUAUUUAAACAAAGUUGUUUUGAAAUAAAAGGACGGUUCCUUUGGAGACAUGCCGUGAGCAGUGGUGACCUUUAGACUAUUAAUUUCAGUGGGCUUAUCAUCAUCAGAAAAUUGAAGCGAGCUCUUUGUACAAGCCAUAUCAACUCUUGAAAGAAAAAAAAAAAAGAUUACACGCAUAACUUUGGGAAGAGGAAUCUUUGCUGUCUGAGUAUAUGAAACCAAAACUGGGAGGUAGCAGUGUGCACACAGUGUUACGUUUGGCGUAUUUACCCAACAGCAGAAGCCUGAGCCAUUGUGGUACUGACGUCAAACAACAUUCCACUGAGUCAACACUGAGAUGCUGACAGUGAUGACAAAUUGGAGGUGCGUGUGAAAUCGAGAUGGCAGAGGUUUUCCUAGAACUUCAUUGAAAGACGCCAGGACGUGGGGAAGCUUUACCUUCUUGUGAGCUUAGGCCAUUGGUAGCACAGGCCAGCCACCCUUCUUGAGAUGCACUGGUGGCGUAGGCUAGAGAGCGACCUUCAGUGUGACACCCGGUUCCAGGACCACAACACCCGGAAUCCUGCAGUAGCCGUGCCCCACGAAGCAAUGUCGUGCUUCCAGUGGUGGGCAGCCUGCACCUCGUGACAGCCAGGAGCAAAGAGCUGUAACCCAUUGCCCAUUACCCACCCAUUACCCACAACUAGGUGAUGUAAGCUGUACAUUGCCUCGAGGGGUCCUGCUAGGCAUGUGGUGCAGCCUCCCAGUUCCAGUUUUGCGUGCUUGGAUGGCCGAAUUGGGUCGUGCCAAUGUUCUGCAGCUAAUCACAUCCAUACAGGCACAAAAGUUGAUGUGGCUUUUGCAGAGGGGUUGCUUCAGUUUGCUGUAUACAAUAAGCCCACUGAAAUUAAACGUUUAAAACUUAAUUAUUACUGUAAAAUCCCAAGAGAUGCCCAAUUCCUGAAAGAUAACCCCCACUGAUUAAGCUCCUGGCUUAAAAGAAGCUGAAAGUUACCUAUCGCACUGAAAGUUAGCCCACCCCAUAUUUUCACUCAUUUUUUCUUGAUUUUAGGUGGGCUAUUGCUAUGAUAUUUAUGGUAAAUUAUUGUUAAUUAGUGGCCAAUUACAACAUUUCACUUGCCAUACCAUGGAAGCCACUUCUCACGGCUUAUUUUAGAAGGAACUGGUCUUUCAUUUAAAAACUCCUAUACUUAAAUAUUACUUAAAAUCUCUGUAGAAGCGCCAAGUCUACAUUCCUGUCCAGCGAACUCUGCGUAACAGUAUGUUUUCAUACUGGAUGAAGACUGUGAUGAAACCAUUCCAGUAAUAAAUUUGCUGUGCUUGGCUUAUCCACAAUUGCUACAAAAUGCUCUUUCCAGCUCGCAUUGAGAGGUUCACAUACUCUGUGAGAUGCUUGCACUUCUAACUGGAAAUCAGCUGCAACAGACGGAUUACAUCGAGAGUUCUGCGCUAUAUUCCAUAAAUGCCUCUAAGACCAUUGUGUAGGAGAUGGUGUUGGAGAGUUGCCUCGGUGUUCAUAAGUAUUGUUGCUCUGCUGUGUUAUGCGGUGUUCAAUGUUUUGCCUUCCUCAUAUACGUCCGAUUAUUGUUCAUCCUUGGGAUGUAUUUUUGCUUUAUGCCGGUCUGCUUCAGAACAAACAUAGGUUGUGAGAGUUCUUUAUCAAAGGGUAAUAGAUGACAAUUUCACUUUCAUGUCUAUACGUAGUGAAUAGUAGUUGCGCUCAACACAUUGUGGAUGACAGUGUUGAAGGUUGUGUUUGUCUUAUUUUUAUCUGCAGUGUUGUUUACUUCCUUUGUUUCACAAUCAGUGCGCUUAAAACACCAAAAGCAUCUUUUAAAGACACUUCAGAAUGCAGAAUAUAAGUUGCAAAUGUGCAUCUAAAAUGUGUUUUGCUAGAACUUGUGGCCAUAGCAAUAAAAAGCUUCCGAAGCAACAGUUUGCUUGAGGCAAGGUCUAUUGCCUGCCUUUGGUAUUUGUGUACUAAUAAAAAUAGCAUUUAUUCAUUUUA